AGUGUGUGGUUUUGUUCGAGAGUGAACAUUCGGAGGUUGAGAAAUGAUGUAUCCGGCGAUUUCGAUGGCAGUGCAGCGUUCUCCGGGCGGCGGGUUUAUGCCCUCUCAGGCUACUCAGACCCACGACUCGUCUUACUCUCCCUCUAAAAAACGUGAUGUUCGAACCUUGAUUCCUCUGACGGUUAAACAAUUGAGUAGCGCAUCUAGUGGUGAAUCCAAUUUCUCCAUUGAUGGUGUUGAUUUGAACACUGUUGUGCUCGUGGGAAGAGUGUGCAACAAAGACAAUAAGCUGACUGAGUUUAGUUUUAUAAUUGAUGAUGGAACUGGAAGGAUUGAAUGCAUUAAAUGGGUUCACGAACGCGUAGACUCAGAUGAAGGGGAUGUGAUCAUGCCUGGAAUGUAUGUUCGU